AUGGACCAGAGCACGCUGGAAGCGGAGGACGCCGCGGAAGCCAGGCAUGCCUCAAGUACUGUGUGCCCGGCGGAUGCUGCGCUUCCCGCCGAUUCUGCGCUCCCAUCGGAUGCUGCGUUCCUCGCAGGUACCGUUCGCCUAGAGAAUGCUGAGCACCCUAAGGAUGCUGUGAGUCUCAGGGUUAACGUUCAGGACCCCGAGCUCGCGUGGCCGCCCGCCCCGCACUCGUGUUCCUGCUGCCAGCUGCUCUACUGGCUAGGCGCUUUGCUGUUGCUGCUCGGGGUCUGUGGCCUGACCGUCCUCUUCACCCGUAUCCUGACCCUGCCGGCGCUCACAAUCCCCACCUCGACAGCCCAGGGGACCUCAGAGAAGACUUCAAACCUGACAGUCACCCCUGUUCCCCUAAUUGGCUACCCCAUCACUACAGGGCAGCAACUCCUUGUUCUUUUCCUAGAGGCAUUGCUGAGCAACAGGACCCUGAGGUGGCACAGCCAACAUGGAGCUGGGAGCGCAUACCUGUCCCAGGGUCUGAGGUAUAAUGACGACAAAAACGAGCUGGUGGUGGACCAAGCUGGUCUCUACUAUGUGUCCUUGCAACUGAAGCUCAUCCCAGUGUCCAAAAACAUGGACCACAAGGUGCGGGGCCAGGUCUCUCUUGUUCUGCAACUGAACCCCAGGGUAAAUGAGCUUGACAGCUGGACCCUGACUGUGGACCUGUUCCCUUGCUCCAUGGAGGCCAACUUAGUCGAAGGUUCCCGGAGUGACCUGAUACACCUGAAGGCUGGCCACCGUCUCAGCGUGGAGCUGAGAGCCUAUCUGCAUGGAGUCCAGGAGCCGUACAACGACUGGCAGCUCUCUCAGACUGACACCACCAGCUUUGUGCUCUUCCUUGUGAAGCCUGGCACUUCAUGA